AUGGAUAAAACCAGUGGAGGAGACAAGUACAACAUUGAAACUGCGGAAAUCUUGGCAAAUGAGGCUCAGCAUUUGCCUGUUGCGGAGGCCACACCUAUAUACGAGCAGCUUCUUCUGUUGUUUCCAACUGCUGUAAGUGUUCUUGUUGAGUACUUUGGUGAUAUUCUGGAAGCAAUUUGGUUAAAAGAUGUUCUAAGUAAGAAAGAGGUUCAGGAAGAAGAGUAA